CGCUCCCCUGCUAACAGCUAGCAAAAACAUUUGCAAACUUUAGACUAAUAUAACUCACAAUUUUUGCAAUGGAAAGCAGCGAGGAUGACAUAGAAGAGGACGAAACCGAGUGGAAACAACACUUGAUGGAUUCGCCGCUUACCAGUCGAGUUUCUGGAUCGAGCCCCAAUAAGACGCCGGCACCUGCACACAAAGUCAUUUUGCAUUUUGACCUGGAUUGCUUCUAUGCUCAGGUGGAAAUGAUCCGGAACCCAGCAUUGAGAGAUGUCCCUCUAGGUAUCCAGCAGAAGUACAUCAUAGUUACAUGCAACUAUGUGGCGAGGCAGCAGGGUGUCACCAAGCUGAUGUCCGUCACCAACGCCAGGGAGAAAUGUCCUCAACUGGUGCUGGUGAAAGGAGAAGACCUGACGCACUACAGAGAAAUGUCCUAUCAAGUGACAGAUCUUCUGCUGUCCUUCUGUCCAUUGGUCGAGAGGCUUGGCUUCGAUGAGAACUUCGUGGACAUCACAGAGAUGAUAGCGAACCGGCUGCCAUGCACGCCAGACUUCUCAUUUGAAGGCCACGUCUAUAGCACUUCAAGAGAAGUCGCAGAGGCUAAAGCCAAUAAUCAUCCAGAGUUGGCGUUAGGGUCGCACAUCGCCGCCGAGCUGAGGGAAGCCAUCCACGCUAAACUGGGCCUCACCGGUUGCGCUGGUGUCGCCACCAGCAAGCUGCUGGCCAAGUUGGUGUCAGGCACCUUCAAGCCCAACCAGCAAACCACACUGCUGCCGGAGAACGUUGAUGACAUCAUGGGCAGCCUGAGCGGCCUCCGUAAGAUACCAGGGGUUGGACACCAAACGGCCAAAAGGCUCCAAGUACUGGGAUUGAUCACCGUCAGGGACCUUCAACUCUUCCCGUUGACCGAGCUGGCGAGAGACUUAGGCUCUCCGUGCGCGACACGUCUGAAGAAUCUAUCCCUCGGCAUGGACGACUCUCCCGUCACCCCCACCGGAGCCCCUCAGUCUCUCAGUGAUGAAGACUCUUUCAAAAAAAUGACAUGCAUGAAAGAAGUAAUGGACAAGAUUCAGCAGCUCCUGAGCAGCCUGGUGGAGAGGAUGCGCAAAGACGGCAGGCAGCCGCAAACCUUCCGCCUCUCUGUUCGUAAAUACUCAGCGAGCAACAAGUGGUACAGUCGGGAGAGCCGGCAGUGUCCUAUCCCCAACCACGUCAAACAGAAGAUCACCUCAGCCAGCAGCGACGACACCCCGGCCGUGCUGCUCUCGUUGGCCAUGAACCUCUUCUCGAAAAUGGUGGACACGGCGGCGCCAUUCCACCUGACCCUCAUUAACGUGUGCUUCAGCAACCUGCCGACCCAAACAGCCGCUGCCAGCACCAGGGGCUCCAUCACGUCCUUCUUCGCACCCAGUACCUCCCCCCAAACAUCAACUCAAAGCCAGAUUGACUCCUCUAUGAGUGCAAGUGGGGCAGAUGAUCGUCUUGGCUCACCCAGCAUAAUGACUCCACUCACCCCGGAGAACACCGCAGAGAGCACACCAGGCCGUGAUGCGGCAUCACGCCAGGCCAGACACACACGGAGCGCUUCUGUUUCAGCAGAGGCGUCUCAGCCGGUGACGACAUCUCACAGUAGCACAUGCUCUUACGGCGGUGACUCCAAAAUCUCCGCGACACAUCGAUUACCGCCCAAUGUGGACCCUCAGGUGUUUUCCGAGUUGCCGGCCAACCUUCAGAGGGAACUUAUGAGAGAGUGGGAGCAGCGGAUGCCAGUUUUGAAGAUCCCUGCCGCUUCCAGGAAGCCUGGGAGAGAAGCCAAAGAUAAGAAAGGCAGCGGAACGGGAAGCCAGGCCAACAGUUUGUUGAAUUAUUUUAAACCCGCUUAGAGAAAACUCCAAA